UCCUACCCAGGUCUUUCGGUCCCUGGGAACCUCCAUAUGCCGCGGAUGCGGCUCUAAAAAAAAUAAAGAAACACACACACACACACAAGACACACUGGAGCUGAACUUUCUCCUACCCAGGUCUUCCGGUCUCUGAGACGCACAGAGAGCAGCGCCGGACUUUGGACCCAUAGGAGGAGCAGUUUGCAAAGGCCUGGGGCUGAUCCUCCAGCUUUCGGCGGGAGAGAAGGUAGUGGAGGGGCCUGGCGGCACCUUCCGGACGGCACCCCGAUGCUGCGCACCCUGGCGAGCGCCCUGCGCUGGAGGCCCCUGGAGAAGACUCGCGGCUGCGCCUCUAGCCCUGUGGAUGCGGGUCGCGAGAUCCAAGUGCGCGCUCUGGAGGGUCUCGACCAAGGAAUCACUGAGAUUCUGAUGAACAGACCGAGCGCCCGAAAUGCCCUGGGGAAUGUCUUUGUCAGCCAGCUGCUGGAAGCCCUGGCCCAGCUGCGGGAGGACCGGCACGUGCGCGUCCUCAUCUUCAGAAGUGGAGUGAAGGGUGUAUUCUGCGCAGGUGCAGACCUGAAGGAGCGGGAGCAGAUGAGUGAGGCGGAGGUGGGGGUCUUUGUCCAGCGGCUCCGAGGCCUGAUGAAUGAGAUUGCAGCCUUCCCUGCGCCCACCAUCGCAGCUAUGGAUGGGUUUGCCUUGGGCGGAGGCCUGGAACUUGCCCUGGCCUGUGACCUCCGAGUGGCAGCAGCUUCCUCGGCUGUCAUGGGGCUGAUCGAGACCACCCGAGGGCUCCUCCCGGGAGCAGAUUCACCACCCCUGCUCCACCCUGACAGGGGGCACUCAGAGGCUGCCUCGAUGCCUGGGCGUGGCCCUGGCGAAGGAGCUCAUCUUCACAGGCCGACGACUGAGUGGGAUGCAGGCCCAGGCUCUGGGGCUGGUGAACCAUGCUGUGGCCCAGAACGAGGAGGGCAACGCCGCCUACCACCGGGCUCUAGCACUGGCCCAGGAGAUCCUGCCCCAGGCUCCCAUUGCUGUGCGGCUGGGCAAACUAGCUAUUGACCGAGGAAUAGAGGUGAGAGGGCUCUGGGUCGGACCUUGGGCCCACCGAAAUCAGCGGGGUGGCUGGAAGGUGGUGCUUUCACGGCACACAGACAGCACAGCUGGAAAGAACUCAGGAACUGGACUCUUCUAACGGACUUCGAGUCUGACCUCCUUGUUUGUACCUGAGUUUCAUCUAUCUACAAAACGAAGUUUGGCCAGGUGACAUUCCAAGUUACACUUUAUCCUCAUCUCUCUCCCUUGGAGAGAGAAGGAAAUUGAAGUUCAGAAAGGGUAAACAACUUAUCUGGAUCACAGAGCAAGGGAGUAACAAGAACCCAGGUGUGCAUGGCUCCCAAGUCCAUGUUCUUGGGUUCGUGCUGGUGGUCAGCUAACACUUCCUCUCGGACAGGGCUCUGGGGGUGCCCUGGCUACAGCUGACCCAUCCCUAGACUUACUCGACUCACUGAUCACACACUGAACCUAGACUAGAACUGGGACACAGACAAGAGUCAACUACGGUCACUGCCCCAAAGUGGGGAGGUGGGCAGACAGACACAAGUCACUAAGAAAAAAGGUCAGGGGAACCAAGCAGACACCCUGGAGAGGUUAGAGCUACACUGUCCAUGUGGCCAGGGCGAUGGCAUUGGCUAACGUGGGGUGGAGAACAUUUUCUAGAGUUGGGGUUUCGGAUAGAGGACAAUGCUAGAACAAGGAGAAAAAGUGAAGAAAACCACAGAGGUAUAUAAGAAAGCAACUCAACUGAGUAGGAGCAAGAGGUGAGUGAAACACAGCAUAGAGGUUAGGAACAUAGGCUCUGGUGCUGAGACUUGCUUUCCCACAUCCCUGAGACACAUCACGUCACCUCUCUACGCUUCAGAUUUCUCAGCUGAAUAGUAGGGACAGUAAGCCUUGUGGUGGAAAGUGAGUUUACACACAUACAUGGUACUUCUCUUACAACAGUGCUUGUAAGUGGUAGUAACAGCAAGCACUAGGCUGCAGAGGUUGGGAAGUUGCCAGGGGCCAAGUCAUAAAGGCCCAAGACCUUAGUCUUCAGGGCAAUGCAGAGCCCACCAAGUUCACUAACAGGGAUGACAGGGAGCACGGUGAAGCAGCUAGAUGGGAAGAAGAAACACUGGCUGUACAGGCACAGCCCAGCCCACCCUCCUCAGCUCUACGGGCUACGUGAAAUCCUCCCCGGUGUUCUCAGGGCCUCCAUUCAUCCCAGCAAUUUCACCACUGUUGUGGUGUCCCCUCUCUAGGUGGGAGAUUCCUAUCAUAACAUCACUGCUCACAUGGGCUGGCACAGAGUAAGCCUCAGUAAUUUGCUGGAGGAAUCCAUGAAACAGAGAGUGGUAUGGGCAGGAGGGCAGGCUGGCCCCCGGUGCAGAUGGAGGUGGGCAAGGUCAAGCUGAUCCAAGCACCACUUCUUUCUUACAGGUGGACAUUGCAUCAGGGAUGGCCAUUGAAGGGAUAUGCUAUGCCCAGGUACGUGGCUGCAGCCAGUCCUGCAUGUUUGCAAGCAGAGGCUGGAAGAGGGAGCAGGCUGGAGGUAGUGUGUACUGCAUGACCAAUCUAAUAGGCUCAUCUCUUCCCUAAGAGUCAGUGCCACUCUUUCCUGCAGUUAGCCUGGGCUGGUCCCAGGGGAGCCACACUCCUCCUGUCUGGGCCUUUCCUCAGCCAUCUAAUGGUGGUACAUCCUGCCCUGUUUUGGUGUCCAGAGACUUACAGAGGUACUCUCGACAGAGAAGAAUCUCUGGACCACUGGCUGCCGUAGGGGCUGGGCUGAAGUGGGAUGUCAGGGCCUCGGACAUAGCCUGUGUGUUCGAUGGUAUAAAAGCAGUAAACCUAGGGCUCACCUACUUAGACCAGGACUCCUGGGUGAGUCAAAAAUACUCAUCUCCAGGUUAACAAAUGAUGAACUUGCAGGCUUUGGUGUGAACCAGCUACACACUAAGAUUCAAAGCCAGAUUUCUUUCUUUCUUUCUUUCUUUCUAGGGCCACACUUGCCACAUGUGGAGGUUUCCAGGCUAGGGGUCCAAUCAGAGCUGCAGCUGCAGGCCAACGCCACAGCCACAGCAAUGCGGGGUCUGAGCCGCAUCUGCGACCUACACCACAGCUCACAGCAACGCCAGAUCCUAACAGACUGAGCGAGGCCAGGGAUCAAACCCGCAACCUCAUGCUUCCUAGUCAGAUUCGUUUCUGUUGCGACACGACGAGAGCUCCCAAAGCCAGAUUUCUUAAUGCAAAGUCUAAUUUUUCUUCUUUUCAGAGUAGCCUCACUUCAGACUGUUGCAGGACACUGUGAACUCUCUGGAGGUGUGCAGCCAUGUGCAAACAGAGGCUAGUGUGACAUCAUCAGAUGCUAGAGGCAGCCUGCCAUCCCUAGGAAUCGAGCAGCCCCCAAGGCCCAUACCUUUGUGUGGCCCAACACCAGAGUCCAGAGGCAGUGGAAAGACUUGGAUUCUGGCUUUAUCAUGGGUUGAAUAAGCUUGAGCCAGUCUCUAUUGGACGCUGGCCCUGCUCCCCCCAAACUAAUAUUCUGUAUGUUGUUUCAGAACAUCCCGACCCGAGAUCGCCUGGAAGGCAUGGCAGCCUUCAGGGAGAAGCGGACCCCCAAAUUUGUUGGUGAAUGACUCCCACUUAACCUUACGCAUGGGAGAUGCAUGCCUUACAGGGAAGAACCCAGAAGGACAAAUCUGCAGCACAACUGCCCUCGUCAUUUCAUUUCUUUGGGCUCCAGUUUCCUCACAAGGAUGAGGAUGGAUAUAAAAUGAGUGGCCUGAUGCCUGGAACUAAGGUGCUUACCAUGCCACCCACUGCUAACGUCAUUAUCCUUCACCCAGCUAGAUAAUCACUACAGUACAGUCUGCUUUGAAUACCUCUGACAGAACUAUAAACUAAGGGUAAAAGAGGCCCCUUUAUAUUGCUGGCACUGAAGCCUGACCUCUGCAUCUCAGUUACCAGGUGCUCACCUGAGAUGCCAAGAAGCUGUCAGACGCCCCUCCCCUCUGCAGCUGCCCUGUUCGUUCCUUCUCCUUUUGUGCAACGGAGAUGAAACGGAAAUCCUGAUAGGGUUGAAUAGGCCCAUCUCUCUGCCAGUUUCUCUUUUGUGUGCCUUGCUUUCCUCGUCUAUAAUGAAACUAUUGUAAGGAUUACAAAUAAUAAUAAAAUGCUUCAUGUUCGAUUAA